AUGAGCGCUGGUGAAGGGGGGUCCACGUUCGAGGCCACUCCACUAUUGCGACAUGAGUCAAGCGAGCAAAAUAUACACUAUCGCAGCGUGAUCAAUUCCAACAGCCAGUCGCAGCAUGAAGAAACGAGAUACUCAGGUACAGAGACUGAGGAGCAAAUAGCCGCUCUCGGUCUCGUCCAAGUCAGCUCGACUGAAGGCUUAAAUAUCGAACCCGACCUUGAACGAUUCUCGUCUCGGGGUUCCCUCUCGGGAAAGAAGAGCAAUGCUUCUGUGGCCGACGGACAGAGUGUUAAGAACGACGAUGACGACUACGCGGCACGAUUCAUCGAUGUGUCACCGACUCGUUUCUGGCUGAUCUUUGUGGGCGUCCUCAUCGGCUACCUGAUCGGUUUCUUCGACUCGACUCUGAUGGCAUCAAGUCAUCCUGUGAUUACCUCUUAUUUCAACGCCGCAAAUACGGCCUCAUGGCUCUCGACGGCUUUUCUGCUUACCUCCACGGCCUUCCUGCCGCUCUUCGGGCGUAUCUCCGAUGCCUUCGGCCGGAAACCCGUCUACCUCUUCUCCAUCACCAUGUUCUUUUUCACAACAGCUUGGUGCGGCCUGGCACAGAGCAUCGGCAGCUUCAUUGCUGCUCGGGCACUAUGUGGUCUUGGUGCGGGUGGCGUCUUCUCGAUGGGCCAGAUUCUCUCAAGUGACCUGGUCCGUAUCGAGUACCGCGGUGUCUAUCAGUCUUACAUCAACCUUUGCUACGGCACCGGGAGUUGUUUGGGGCUGGCGUUCGGUGGGUUUCUGUGUGAUCGCAUCGGUUGGAGAGGAGCAUUCCUCAUUCAAUUGCCCUUCAUCUUCAUCUACUUUAUCACAGCUGCCGUGACCAUCCCAGCGGAACUUGGCAUCAAACGCGUGGGAUCGGAGCGCAUGACGGUCAUGCAGCUAAUCCGUAGCAUUGAUCUGAUCGGUGCCCUUAUUCUGGCUUCUGCGGUUACUGCUUUGAUUAUGGGAUUGAAUCUGGGUGGAAAUGUCUUCUCUUGGGGGCAUCCGCUUGUCAUUUGCUCCUUAGUCGCAUCUCUUGUUCUAGCCGCCAUCCUGGUGCGAUAUGAGCGCGGUGUACCGCGCGCAGUGCUUCCGGUUGAGCUUCUCUCCAGAAACCCCCGAGCCAGUCUCAUCAUUGGAAACUUCUUCGGUGCGAUUUCCGUUAACACAGUCAUGUUCAAUGCUCCUUUAUACUUUCAGGCCGUCAAGCUCGCCAGCCCCACGGACUCGGGUCUGCGUCUCGUCGCCGCAUCUAUUGCCGUUACCGUCUCCAGUGUCGGGACUGGCUUUUUGAUUACCUGGACGAAACGAAUGAAGCCCACUAUCAUCCUGGGUGGUUUUUCCAUGCUGUUGGGUGGAUGUGCCGCCGGAUCUUUGGGGAGCAACACGUCCUAUGCACUUGCCAUGCUCUGCGUCGCUUUCUCCAGCCUGGGGCAAGGGUUCACAUACCCCUCACUGAUGGUCUCGGUACUAGCCACCAGCGAACAGGAUGACCAGGCCAUCGCAACCACAACCCUUGGCCUCGCACGCAACCUGGGGUCUGUGAUGGGUGUGUCCAUCAGUAGCUGGAUCUUCCAGAACACACUUUACUAUGAGCUCGAACGGACCGUGACUGGUGCGGAGAAGGGCCACAUCAUUGCCCUCGUGCGCAAGUCGAUCCGAGCGAUUGCCGAUCUCGAUGCAUUGCACCGACACCAAGGUUUGUACUCCAAUGCUCCAAUAGGCUAA